CAUGAUAAAGAACACAUGAUGACACCUUAAAGAUCUGACGCACUAAAAAAAUAAGUGUUAUAUCUACUGUUCAGUUUGAUAUAUGUACAAAAUGGAUGGGAAAAAUAGCCAAACUGAGGCUGGAUGAUGAUUGAUUGUUGGUGUGCUAUCGGAGAUGGAAGAGGUCGUGCAGUGGACAGCCAAUGUGAUGGACCAUAAAACAGGAUUAGAAAAGAAAAGUGAGGUAGAGGAGAGUGUGAGGAUCUCCUCAGAUCUACACUGUGAGAUUUUAGACUUGAGCGGAGGAGAGAAUAUCACAGAGCUGUGCAAAAGGAAAAAGAAGAUCAAGAAAACAUGCUCGCCCAGGGUGUCUGUGGAAAUCCCUGAGAUAGGGCCUGCGGAUACUGCAGAAUUCAUGAACGCAGCCAGUCAAGGCAAACUGAAUGUAAUAGACAAGUAUCUGGCUGAUGGUGGGAACCCUAACGUCCAUGAUGAGUUGAAGAGGACGGCGCUACACCGCGCCUCUGUGGAAGGACACACCGCAGUCGUCCAAGCACUUUUAGAAAAAGGAGCCGAUAUCAACUUUCAAGAUCAACUGGGCUCCUGGGCCAUACACUGGGCCUGCAGGGGGGGAAGCCUGGAAGUUGUCAAAGCCCUGAAGAGCCACGGGGCUGACCUGGAUGCUAGAGAUAAGUUGGACAGCACUCCUCUGCAUGUGGCCACGAGAACAGGCCACGCUACCGUUGUGGAGUACCUGCUGUCCAGUGGUGCCAAAAUCAACUCCAGGGACAGGGAAGGGGACACAGCCCUGCAUGAUGCUGUGCGUCUCAACAGAUACAAGAUAGUGAAGCUGCUCAUAGUUGCAGGGGCUGACACAAAAAUAGAAAAUCAUGAGGGAGUGACAGCAGUGCAGCAGGUGAAACAAUGGCAGUUUGACAUCAUGGAGACCCUGCAGAGUCUGGAGAAGCUGAAGGAGGUGGGACCUGAAAACACCUCCAGAGAGGAGUGAAUAAUGCAAAAAGCUGUACAUUUACUCAUACAGUAUAUUCUUUAUAGCGCCACUUUCUACAAUGAUCUGUCUCAGGUUCAAAAUACAUUCUGUAAUUCCACUCAAGGUCUGUGUACAUCAUAUUUGAGGAUAUGCAUUAUAUGUACUCACCAACAAAAUCUGCCUCUCUAGGGCACGGCAGUUAAACCUCUGAGAUUAGUCUGAACUCUGACAUUAGAAAGCGUCAGCUUGGAUGUGACGGAUUCAAAAUGAUCUGCUUAUCUUAAGAAAGGAGACAAAAAACAUGCGAAACAAAUCUGAAUUUCUCAAACCUUUUUUUUUUUGCCAAGCUUUGACUUUUGAUGUUCACUUCCAAAGAGCGUAAUGAUCAGGAGAGCGCUCUCAUGGAUGUUUCAUGUGUGAUUUUUGAUGCCUUUGGAAGUUGAAUAAUUUGAAUAGAUAGUGCUGUGCAGAAGCUGCGUUUGAAUAUACAUCAAGAGGGCCCUUGUUUUAUCGAGGCGACAGAUAAGGCCAGAGCACACAGUAGCACUGUGUUUGAGACGUCAGCUGACGAGAGCAGAGAUGGCUGGUAUGCCCCCGCUAAAGUCAGGGAUUCAAGGGGAGCUCAGUGGACAUAUUUUCCUUCUAUCAUCAGUGGCUCAAAUGUUCCUGAGGGAGGUUGGUCAUUCACACUGGGGAAACCAACAGCUUGCUCCACUGCUUGCAAUGUAGAUGUUUAGUCGUUACACAUCCAGCCAUUAAGCACAGUUUGUUCAACAAAUACCGUGCUGCUGCUGCUGUAUUUUUCAUGAUGUAAAAUGCUGUUUUGAAAAGCAGUCUUCUGUUAGGAACAAAUGUGUUCAUUAUAGGCAACUCAUCAGAUACAUUAUCAGCCACACACAGUAUUUCCUGUUGUGAGCAAGGCUGUGCAACUGUCAGGGACUUUAGUGGCGACACGUACCAAUACAAGGUUAUACAAACUAGUGUUGUCAUUUAUUUUGUUAACCUGAACCUAACAGAGAUAUUACAGGAUAUCUUCAGUGUAAUAAAGUUCACGGAUCAGAACGAUUAAAUCUAAUGGACUCAUAUAUGUUUUAUAGCUUUAGUUGUGUAUUCCAUGUGAGCUACAUGCUGUGUGCUGUUGCUGAGGGCUGGAGUGGUGUAGAAAGAGAAGGGGGAUGGGAAAACUGGAGGCUUCGAGCUGUAUAACAGCCAAAAACCAGAGGAACCUGUUCAUCCAUGAAAUGGUUAAACUUAUUCCCCACAGCUGCAAAUGUCGCACAUCUCAGCCUUCGUGUUCGUACAUCACAAACGGCUGCAUAAUCAUCUAAAAACAAACUCUUUUGUCAUGUUACCGUGUCAAAGCGCAAUGAAAAACAUGUCUCUUUUCUCAACACGAGGCUUU